GUGAUUCUUUAGCACCUGUGAGGUGCUAUUAUCCCUAACUUACAAAUAGAGAAAUAAGCAUGGAGAGGUUAAAGUGGCAGAACCAGGUGUGUGACCCCAAAGUCAUGCCACCCACUCUAGUGCUUUAAUCGCAAAGCCACUCAUGGGGGAGAGGGGGAAUAAGAGCACUUGAAUGGUAAUAAAUUGUAGAGCAUGUGGGUGCCAUGUGCUUGCAACUGGAAAAGGAACUUGAAUACUUAUUUAGGUGUGAUUGCCUGGACAAACUGACUUGUGUGCAUUACAAUUAAAGUUACUUGUUGUUUGUUUAUAUGAUUGCACCAAGUUAGUAGCCUGAACACAUUAGGACCUCAUUGUGCUAAUCAUUAUACAGACUCUGCCCCGCCAGCCCUGAGUUUACAGUCUAAAUAGAGGAAAAUGACUUACCCAAGACCAUCCAGCAAGUCAGUGGCAGAGCUAAGAAUAGACCCUACAUCUUCUGAGUCCCAGCCUAUGUCCUUAUGCAGUAACCAUGCUGCCUCUUAAGUUGUGCCCAAGACACUAGGGGCCCAGAACACCGUGGCCUUGUCAGUACAACUGUGAAUAGCACUUGCACCCCAGUUUCACUCCAUGCAUGCCCCUCUUACCCUCCUCUACCCUGUCCCCCUUCCCUUUGCAUUUUGCCAAUUCCCUCCUAAAUACAUGUACACCAAAAAUAAAUAUAUAUAUUUUUUAAAAUAUGGUACUAACAUGGCAUUUGCCACCAUCCCAUCAUUCACUCUGCUGGUGUGUUCUACCCCUUUCCCCACCCUGGAUCUAUCUGGUCUGUUUAGAUUGUAAGGUCUUUGGCAUAGGGACUGUCUACUAGUCUGUGUUUGUUCAGCACCUGCCUAUGGGGCCCCAUUCUUGAUUGGCCCUCAGGCACAACAUUAAUAAAAAUGAUUAAGAAUAUAACUGAUGUGGGAUAAAUCCCUCAUUUGUUCAUUUUGUUGGCAAAGGAGUGAACAUACACAUGUGACAUGGAUCCUGGAAUGCAUGCAUGAAAUCCAGGCUUAUAUUUGCUCGGCCAGAACAUUAGGAGCUAUUCUGUAAUGAGUGUUUACUAAGCUAUGCACAUUAGGAUAAAAGUGCCCUAACUGAGUGCCUGGUUGCUUGCCUUAUAUGAAGCCCUCAAAGCCAUACAAAAUAAAUAACAUUGUUUGCUACAGUCACCUGUUAAACAGAACUUAUGAUGCCUAUAAAUGUGGUGGAUUCCAUAAUCAGGCUGAUAGUGAUUUCAGGCUGAGAGUGGUUCCUAGUCAUUUAUAAAUGCUUCUAAGAAGAUCCAGUAGGUGGUGCCCGGGGACCUUGCUGCAAGGCUUACAGAGCAAAACAAUCCGCUUGGGUGGGAGAGCUGAGCAAGGGUGGAACAUUUGGCUCGGUGUCUCAGACAGGAAGUGAUGAGAGGGAAGUAGCUAUUGCUGCUGGAAACGAGGCCUGCCGGAGCUGUUUCUGUGGCCUAGAUGCCUUUAGUGAGCUGACAGCCAGGCCAGCUUCAGUGGAGUCCUAAGUUAUCUGUCUGGCCCUAGGAGCAUUGCCCAGACUCUGAGGAUGACCCUGGAAUGACUGAGUGUGUUGGAGCCGGUACUCCGUUCCACAGAGGUGCAGCGAUCCCCCAUCUGUUAGGAGUCAUAUUAAGGGGCAGCCAGGAAUGGAUAAGUUCUUGGUCAAAAGGCCUUCCUCAGGCAAGAACAAACAAGAACCCUUAGAGAUGAAGGGAGGAGAGCUGGAUUGUAUGAGAGAUGGGGGAGAGAAGAAAAGGCCCCGGUCAGAAAUGCCAGGUGCAGAUGAGUCCUUUGUGCAUUCUCCAUGGAAGCAAAUCCGGGCUGAGGGUCUGAACUGCGAUUACAAGAUCCUGUUCCGCAAAACUGAGGCUGACAAGAUUUUCCAGGAGCUGGAAAAGGAAGUGGAGUAUUUUGAAGGUGAUCUUACCAAAGUGCAAGUGUUUGGCAAAUGGCACAGCAUCCCAAGGAAGCAGGUGACAUAUGGAGAUCCUGAGUUAACAUACACUUACUCAGGUGUUACCUUUCCUCCUAAGCUAUGGAUUCCAGUUCUCAACCGUAUCAGAGAGCGCAUCACCCUGGCCACUGGACACACUUUUAAUUUUGUUCUUAUUAACAGAUAUAAAGAUGGCUGUGAUCACAUAGGCGAACAUCGAGAUGAUGAGAGAGAAUUGGUUCCACGGAGUCCCAUUGCGUCAGUGUCCUUUGGAGCCUGCAGGGACUUUUUCUUCAGGCAUGGUGCUUCCCGAGGGAAAAACGCCUCAUGCCACAUUGAGCCAGUCAAGCUGCAGCUGGCCCAUGGCAGUUUACUAAUGAUGAACUACCCCACCAACGUGUACUGGUAUCACAGCUUGCCCACCCGCAAAAAGGUGCUAGCCCCAAGAAUCAACCUGACAUUUCGGAAAGUGAUGGCUUUACCAAAAAAAUGAAGUUAUUUAGCAACCUAACAUCUAGCUUUAACAUCCCCUUUUACCUCUGAAAAUGAGAACUUUCUUUCCAUGUCAUAAGUCAAUUUCUCUUUCAGACACGGCCUUUUCCUUUGCAUAUAUAGCAAGAGAUAGGAACCUAGCUGUGGUGCAAGCUAUGUCACGAGUGUAUUUAAAUUAGGAAAGCAAACGGGGAAUAACAUGCAGUUGUUUAGAUGAAAAUACGGUAACCAUUUGAUCUUGGAUGUCAAGAUUAUUUUCCUACAGCCAAGCACUACUGUAGCCUGAUGGUAUAUUUUUCUACUGCUAUUCUCCUUGGUUCUGCAGGGAGGUUUAUUGUUAAAUCCAUGGUAGUCCUAUCAGUGAGUAUGCCUUGUUUUUUGUUUUGAAGUCUCAAGUGUGUACAGCUGUCUACUAAAUACUAACGUACCAUAGAAUGUAAUAAUUCAGAAAGUCUGAAAUGUUCUCUACAAAUGAGUCAUAUUUUUUUAAAUAAAACAAG